AGUGCCAUCAUUGAUUGCAUCCACACUCGUUUUCGGCAGUCGUUCUUUGAGUCUGGAUCAAGAUGAGCGCCGUCACUAAGUUUGGGUUUGAGUAUCAGACUGCCAUUAUCAAUGGCGUCGAGUAUAACUACAUUCACGCCGAGCCGGCAGGCAAGGUACUGGGCACAAUCUUCCUCAUCCACGGGUGGCCCGAUAUGUCCCUGGGAUGGCGCAACCAGAUUCCUUACCUCCUGUCCAAGGGCCUCCGGGUCAUUGCUCCUGACAUGAUGGGAUACGGAGGUACCGAUGCGCCCGCCGACGUCGACUUCUACACAUUCAAGCGCGCCUCAGAUGACAUUGCCGCCCUCGCCAGCCACCUCGGCCUCUCGCGCAUCAUCCUUGGCGGCCACGACUGGGGCGGAGCGGUCGUCUACCGCGCAGCCCUCUGGCACCCGGAGCUGAUCUCGGCCUUCUUCGUCAUCAGCACCCCCUUCGCGCCCCCGCGUCUGGCAUACGUCGAUCAGGCCACCGCGCUGCCCACACUGCACUACCAGCUACAGUUCCGCACCGAUGCCGUCCAGGACUACAUUGGCCUCGGCGACGUCCAGAACGCCACCCGCGUCCGCCAGAUCCUCAACACAAUCUACGGCGUCAGGCUGCCUAGCGGCGCAUCGGCCUUCAACUCCAGCGGUGCCGGAUUCGACUUUGACUUGCUCGAUGGUGUGACGACGGACACGUCGUUGCUCAGCGAGGAGGAGCUCGACUACUACGUGGAGAACUAUGCCGGGAGCGACCCGUUCAACAGGACGCUCAACUGGUACCGCACCGGCGAGCUCAACUGGCAGGACGAGCUCGCGCUUGUCCCUAGCAAUACUACCGCAUACACGGCCAAGUACUCGCAGCCUGCGCUGUACAUUGGCGGUUCUCUCGACUCGGCGCUUCCUCCGAUUUUGUCGACGGGUAUGGAGACGUACUUUGAUAGCUUGUCCAGGGGCGAGGUGAAUGGCACGCACUGGGUCAUGUGGGAGAAGCCCGAGGAUGUGAACAGCUAUGUUGGUAACUGGUUGAGCAGCUCACUAUUGGGAAAUUUGAGUAUCGGUGUGAAUGCCACGGCUGGGAGCGCUCUGGCUCUGCUGUGAUCGGUGAGAUGUCGGUAGAGGGCCUGGCCUCUGAAAGGACAAUGAUGCGUAUGACCAUAAAAAUCAGCAUUUAAUAGAAGAAUCUUACCAUGACUCAAUCUCAAUCCCAAGAAGCGCCGCUGUGAAGUCUGAACGCAAUUGAUCGCCUGAACUCAUGAUUUGAAGUCAUCAACGCUGCAUCUAAUGGUGGGGUGAGGGAUGUGCGAUG